AUGACAAGUAUUAGUCAAGGAAAUGACACGUGCAAUCUUCAAACUGCCACGUCAUGGCCUUUUUACACUGCCGAACGAACCUCACCAAUCGCAACCAAAAAGCCAAAGAGCACAAAUACAAAACUUGUAGCGGAGUUUCAGUUUGAUGCCGCGCUUAACUUUUCAAGGCUCCUCAAGUAUAUUCUCCGCUUCAAAUUACAACGUAAAAGAGUGAUUUUGUUUUAUGAAUCUGACCAAGAAAUGGGUGAUGAAUCUGAUGAUAUCGAGAGAAUUGAAGGGUCAUUUUCAAGAAAUAUUUCUAAAAUUCCCAUGGAGAUUUCGAUGGCAGAAGCAUCGUCAAUGUUUCCAGGGUUUCGUUUUUCGCCGACGGAUGAAGAAUUAAUAGAAUAUUACUUGAAAAGGAAGAUUAUGGGAUCUGAUAAAUGUGUUGAUGUGAUUCCUGAGGUUGAUAUCUGUCGGCACGAGCCUUGGGACUUACCAGCCCAAUCCGUCAUUCAAUCAGAUAAUGAGUGGUUUUUCUUUUCUCCCCGCGGAAGGAAGUACCCGAAGGGAUCCCAAAGUAAAAGGGCAACUGAAUUUGGUUACUGGAAGGCCACAGGAAAAGAACGCACUGUUAAGUCAGGCUCAAAUCUUAUUGGUACGAAGAGAACACUGGUUUUCCACAUGGGCCGAGCACCAAAAGGGCAGAGGACCGAGUGGAUAAUGCACGAGUAUUGUACAAGUGAGAAAUCUCAGGAUAUUACGGUUGUAUGCCGCCUUCGGAAGAACAGUGAGUUCCAUAUAAAUGAUAAUCAGGGAAGAAGUUCUCUCGUUCCAAGUGAUAUGUCUGCAGUAAACAAUGUAACUACAUCUCUAUAUGGAGUUGAACAAUCAGGCAUGGUUGAAGGGACCAGGGUGGGUGACAGCUGUUCAAAGGAGUAUAGUAGCGGUUAUAAUUCUCAUUCUGUGGAACAGAUUGACUCUGACUCUGAAUCUGAUGAGAAAGUAGCGGAGUUCAAUCAGCACAAUUCUUCAAGCAAUGAGAAGGAUUGUGUUGAUGAAGAGGAUUUUUAUGCUGAUAUAAUGAAAGAUGAUAUAAUCACACUAGAUGAUUUUUCAUUAAAUGCAACUGCAGGACUCUUUUCAUCAGUCUCUGUAAAACCCAAGCCGGACAUGAAAUCUGAGCAUCUGACUCAGGCUACUGUAACCACCACACUUCCUUUCCAGGGGACAGCAAAUCAAGGGCUAAGACUAAGGUGGCCAAAACUAGGACGUUGUCGAGUAAAUCUCUUUCAAGCAUCUAAAGGCGAAAAGGAGUACACUGGUGAGAGCGUAGCUUGCUCAAGUACCCAGCAGACACCACUUGGCCAUUUUCCAACAACUAGAGUUAGGAUUUGGUCCUUAACCCUGUUUCUGGUUCUAUUAGUUUUUCUGGUGCUACUUCUCUUCUUUACUGGAAGUUAUUGGCAAGUCAAGAAGGUUAAUCAUGGUUCCGGAUUUAAAAGAUCUCCUAAUAUUGACUGGUACGGAUUUCUUACCUCGAUCCUGAAGUGA